AUGCUGGGUUCAGGAACGAAACAAGUUGCCAGAAUGUCAAAACAUCCCAAAUUCGGAAUGCCAAAAGUACCGUCCAUUAUUAACGAAUGUAACUGCAACAAGGAUGAUGCUAACGGUUUGACAAAAGAAAGUACGAUCGUAGAUGCUCUUUGUAAAGAUGUAAAUAACCAGUCGCCGAAACCAAGUACGGCUAAUAAUACUACUUCAACCGGAGGCGGCAAUAACAAACCCGGAUAUGGUUCGGGUGAUGAUUCUACACCUGGAAAUGCUUCUGGAGAUGGUUCUGGCAACGAUAAUGCUACGGAUACAAGCACAAAUGACUCAAGCCCCGCGCCUGCUACGAACGCUGCCGUCUCUGUUCAAUGGGCUGGUUCCUUCAUGGUCACGUUAGGAGCUGUAGUCGUAGGCCUCACAUUGUAG